AUGGGCAACAAAGUAAGUCCUAAUCUUCUUCAGACCGCUGCCACGGUGAAGAAGUUCUCACACUUCAACGAGUCGGACAUAAAAAAAUGGUCCGCUGAAUUCAAUGCAAGCUAUCCAUCGGGCUACAUGACCGAAAAGGACCUGCAAAUCAUUUUCAAGAAACUAUUUCCAUUUGGUGAGUGCAACCGGUUCACGCUCAUUUUAUUCAGAACGAUAAACAUCAGCGGCACGAAAACAAUCGAUUUCAACGAGCUGUUGAUCGCACAUUCCAUCCUGCGGAAGGGAAGCAUUUUUGAAAAGCUGAGAUGGAUCUUUCGGCUGUACGAUUGUGACAGUGACGGGGUUGUGGGCAAGGAUGAGAUGAUAAAGGUUGUAAAGGCGUUUUUGGACAUGAUAGGUGCGAGCUUUGAUGUGGAUGUGGACGUGGGAAGGUUUGUUGCGGGUAUUUUUGAUGAGCUGGAGAACAAAAGCGGAUUUUUAACGUUUGACGACUUUAAAAUCUUGGCCGGGAAGAAGGCAGAGGUUCUUCAAAUCUUCGAGAUGUUCGAUUAAAACUUGUUUUUUACGCA